AUGCGCGCAUACUUCGCCGUUGCCUUUGCGCUGCCGCUCAUCGCUGCAGGCGCGCACCUGGGCCAUCGUCACAGUCAUGAUCAUGCCGACGUUCAUCGCCGCGCGGUCAAAACUGAUGUCGUCGUUGUCACCGAGACGGUAUAUCUUACGCUGACUGCAGAGCCCAUCUCGACCUCACCACAAUCUUCUAGCUGUGCCGCCGUCAGCACCUCGACUGCGGCUCCACCGUCCAUUACUUUCAACCUCCCGGAGAAGGGACCAUCCGAUAUCGCGUCCAGGUCUGCGUCGUCUUCUGCCGCAUCGUUCUCUGCUGCGCCAUCAUCUGAUUUGCCACCUAAGACUCCAUCAUCUACCGGAAACCUCUAUGCGCCUCUGAGCUACGAACCGCAUACUGCCAUCAUUGUCAACUCCUGCGACUAUGGCGUCUACAUAUCUUCAAUCGGCGACGUCACUACCUGUGGCCCCGGAAAGAUUUGCGAGCUUGUACCCGCUAACACCACCUACUCCGAACCAAUCCGCAGCUGCGGCGACUCUGGAAUCUCCCUCAAGGUCUCAAAGACGGAGUCAAUGGCCCAGCCGAUGCAGUUCGAAUAUACUGUCUGGCCUGACAGCACCACCAUGUCCUACGAUAUUUCCUACUUGGACUGCCAAGUCAAGACUGACGAUGUCUUUGACUUCAGUGCCUGCGUGGGACACGAGAAGGGUAUACAGGCUGCCGCCCCCGAUGGACCCGUCUACGAGUGCGUGGCAAAUGAACCAUGUGCUCAGAAUGCCUACAUUGUACCUGAGUUUGGCUACUUGCCCGGUGCACCGGUCGGUAGUUCCACCAUCGACAAGGGUAUUGCCUUCGAGAUUUGCGCAGAGAACAGGACGUGA